AUGCCUGAGGACUCAAAUGUCUUAUACCUCAAACUGGCUGAAGCUCUCAUACAGGAUUAUAGAAAUUUGAUCUCAGAAACCCGUCGAAAGUUCGCACCCAUUAAAGAUGAAGGCGCUGGUGCUGUUGUUGGCAUUUUAUGGAACUUGAUGAAUUCCAACAUCGAGGAGGUCCGUGUCCUACAGACCACGAUAUUGUUAUUGACGGCAUCAUCCUUGGUUAAAGAUACAUUGCUAGCCAAGGCAUUUACUUUGUGUCUGCGGUUGCACGCAUCCAAAACACCCUCCACCGUCAAUACAGCUGCUGCAGCAGUUCGCCAGUGCGCCAGUGCCGUAUUUGAUCGGGUUAUGAAAGAGGAAUUGUCCAGUGAGGAUAAAAUGUCCGGAAUCAAAAGUGAUUGUCUAUUACGAUCGGAGGAUGUUGCCCCGGUGAACGUCAUGAACCUCAGUUCAGCAUCGAAAGAUGCGUAUCGAUUAUUUCAGGAUAUUUGUGCUCUACUCAGUGAUGAACCAUUGACGUGGCUGACAGGAAUCACGGAAUUCAGUCGAGCACUCGGACUGGAAUUGAUUGAAUCCCUGGUGCUGCACUACUCCUGUUUAUUUCGUCAAUGUAUCGCAUUCGCCCAUCUACUUAAAACAAAUCUUUGUCCUUUGGUGAUCAAGCUGUUCUCACCGAGCUUGAAACUUCGUACCACACCAACCGGCACAUCACCCGGACCGUACGAUCCAACCACUUCGGGACCGAACUCCAUGGGAAGUGGUGGUAGCCACACAAGUAUUUUGAGUGGCCACAUCUCAUCUGCAAGCACUACCGUAUCCGUUUCAGAAAAAGUCACAUUUCCAAUCCUUGUGCGACUGAAACGCCUGAUCACAGUAAUUGUGGAGCAGUAUUUUCAUCUUCUAAACACAGAAUGUGAAAUAUACCUGUCGUUGCUUAUUCGAUUUUUGGAUGUGGAUAAGGUCGCCUGGGAACGUGCUUUGGCUUUGGAAGUACUGUACAAAUUUGCCAUGCAGCCAGAGUUAAUUCGCUACGUCUGCAUUUCCUACGACAUGCGACCACAUUCGACCAAAAUUUUUCAAGAAUGGAUCAACACACUCAGUCAUUAUGUACAGCUGGUUCUGGCUAGCCCUUCCGCGGGAGAUGAACUAACCAAGGACUCUAAUCCACAAUCUGCAGCUGCGCAUCAACCCGGGCCAAACCAAUCACUUCUGUAUUACAAGGGCGUGUUCUUCCCGAUUGUUCAGCCCAAAUCUCUCUUGUUAGAUCUAUUAGACCGAGGCGAGCCCCCGGUUCUGGCCGAUGGUUAUUGCCUGUCGGUUGCGGUCGCUUGUGUUACCCGCAUUGUCCAGUCUUUGGAGAUUAUUGCGCAUGAGGCCAAUUCGGCUCGCACGGCCACUGCAGAUGGGAAUCCCGACAAACAGCCGACUCCUGAAGACAAAACAGAUGCGGAACCAAAACCGUCGGAGGUUGGCGAACAGUUGGUCGCCUUAUCUUGGUGUGGUUGUUUGUCUGCUUUGGCGCUACUGUUGGAAGCAAGGUAUGUGGGAAAUGUGUUGUAUUUCGUUUGCUAG